CCCGCCAGUCUGAAGCGCACCAUCAGCUCCAGCACCAACGCUCUCAAGAAGCGAAUGAGUAGUAAUAAACCACCGCAGAUCAACCCCAGCAGAGCCCUCAAUCGACAGCGGUCGGAGGUGUUCCUACGCUCACAGGGACGUCAAAGGUCAGAUACGGUCCUAAGUUUGAAACGGAGUGUCUCGCCAAUGCCGUCGAGGACUGAUAAGGCCGUCGAGGACCUCUCUGAGAGCUCAGAACUCAUGACCAGGGCGUCGUCGAAUGCGCGGUUGUCUACAACUAUGAGUGGUAUUGGCUUGCGGCGGACGGCUUCCAUGCUUGAGUUGGAUGCCGCUAUGGCCGACCAAGACUUUGCAGAGGUCCGGUUUGACGAUGAAAAGCUGGACCCCGAUUCCGCGGCCAAAUCAUCGUGCGAUGGGGGGUCUUUUGGGGGUCUCCCUAGCAUACCUAGUGUCACCAAUAUGGCCAACGUAUCCAAAGAAGUGGAAGGAGCAGACACGGAACCACAUAACGACUUCCAUGUGACAGGUGGACGGUCUACGAUGCAGGUAUCGCCCUCUAAUCAGAGUAGGUUGAAGUCACCCACACUGUACCAGAGGAAACUGGGCAAGACGAUGGCCGGUGCCCCGCCUGACCUUUCACCAAAAGCUGUGGGCAAUGUCACAACACGCAGCGUGGGCACUGAAACAAAGACACGGUUUGUGAACCCCUUAGACCAACCGAAGAGCUCGUCCGAAAUGGUCUUCAUUUGCAGAGCGAAGAACCCCUCCAAGGAUUACGCGCUGCGUGAUGUGAAGCUUUCGAUCAGCAGGACCACUGGGGAGAUCCGACUGUACAAUAUGGAAGAGAAGGAAAUUGGGCUUAUCUUUCCUCACAAGGUGCGCAAGUUAUCCAGCACACCGGCGACGGUUACCUUUCACUUCAAGGACAAAAAGAAAAUGCUUCUGUACACACCUGAGGGGGACGUGAUCGAAGAUCGCAUCACUGUGAUUCUGAAGAGCCUGGGCCACUAUAUCGAGGUGGACCAGAAGGGCCCGUCAAACAUAAUAGAUCUGCCGUUCGGGCUGAGGUGAAAGCCUGAGGUCUUUGUCCUUCCUUUGCCAGCGGUGGUCAAGUCAUCUGUAGGCUGUUCUCCGACUUGGAAGCCCCACCCAACACUUGCCAUCAAAAGGUAUACACAGAUAGGCUUACCACAUUCCGUUGGUAUCGAUACUGAUGCACAAGUAGCAAGCCACGCCCCACGGCCGUGUGUAUCAGGAUUUGUAUACGUCAAACGGCGUAGGUACACCAUACGUGCACUUCAACUGGCGUUGGUAUAUAGACGUGCAGCCGCUUCUGAGCUUGUGCCUGUACUCGUGUCUGGGUGUGCGCUGUAGGCUUAGACUGCACCUGUGCCUAAGUUCGGGUCUGUGUUUGUACUACAUAGCCGGAGGCUGCGUAGCCACCAAAGUUUGGUUUAUUUUAACAACAGUGCGGGCGAACAUGCUUAUAGAGGUACCACAGGACACUUACAUGUUGCUAUCACCCGUGAUCGCACCUGCAGACGCCUGUUGGAAGGUUAUCUGCAAUCAGUCUAUACUAUUUAGAGAAGAUAUUGGGGUCGUGAGUGUCAGUAUCCAAUGGAUUAAUCGGGAUGGUUGUCGUUUCUAUCCUGAUUUAAUGCAACAUCUAAUACAGAAUGGCUCACGAUCAGUUAGUAAAGAGGGUCGGAUUUCUUCUAAAACACAGAGAAAUCCAGAUCAAGCGAAUUACCACACAGUUAUAUAGGACCUUUCUUUGAAGCACAACGUGCUGAACAUGGUGGUACUUUUCACUCACAGGAAUAAAAUACAAUGAUAUUUUGAAC